AGCAGCAGGUGUUGGUUUGCGAUACUGAGGUGCGAGGGGCAGAGGGAGCGGCACUUGACACUGAGGAGGGAGACAUUGGUAUAUUCGCUUUUGCCAAUCAUUUCCCGGCCCCCUCAGAACGGCCAGUCAAGCUACAGUCAUGGACUUUGUCUUCUGUCCUUUUAAUUCUGAGCACAAGGUUCGAGGAACAGAACUGAGGAUUCACAUAACAACGUGUCCGAACAAGCCUGUAGAAAAGCCAGCAGCACUCCCAUUACCUAAAACGAAGACAAACUGGAAAACUCUGCUGCCAAAUCCACCAAGGAAUGUUGAGGUGGAAACCAGAUUUUAUGACCCACAAGAUCCAGAGAGGCUCCUGCAGUGCCCAUAUGAUUCAAACCACCAGAUCAGAGCCUGCCGUUUCCCGUAUCAUUUGAUAAAGUGCAGGAAAAAUCACAAUGAUGUUGCUAUGCACCUUGCAACCUGUCCCUUCAAUGCUCGUCACCUUGUUCCAAGAGCUGAACUCAGUCACCACAUCUCAAGCUGUGAUGAUAAGAGCUGCAUUGAACAAGAUAUUGCUGGUGAGAAGAAUUAUUACCAAAGAGAUGUAAGCCCUUGUAGAUGGCAAACCCCACCAUGUGAUGAAGAUUGGGACAAAGAUCUGCAGAAUGAUAAAGCAACAUUUAUGUGGGGCAUCCCUUCUUACCCUGUACCUAGCAGUUCUGGAACAAACAUAUUGAUGGAUCCUAAAAACAGCCUUGGUUCAAGCCUACGUGCUCCUAAAUCGCUACCUUACAUUUUGCCUUGGAAGAUGCAUACAAAGAGAGACUGAUUUAAUCCAGUUAAUAUCCAAAGACGAAGGUUAAAAGUUCUUCACUUCAUUAUGCACUGCGUUUGCGUUAACCUAAGAGUUCAAUUUGUUGACCUAACUGAGCUGGGGAAACAGCAUCUGGUUUAUAAAAAUGCUGAGAAAAAAAAAAUAUGCAAAUAGUGAUGGUUUGAGUGACUCACUUCUAAAACGCACAUAGCUUUUAAUUAUCUGUACCAACAAACACACUGCGCAGUGUAAACCUGUGUUUUCUCGUAUGUCCAGUGACAUCUGAAGCCAUUUAAUUUUGCGUGCAUGAUUGGACAGGAUCAUUUAGAGGCCACCUUUUGCUAGAAAUCAGUUUCCUGCACUCCAGAUGGAGGGGCGAAACCCAGUACUUCUACGAAAGAACCAUCACUCCCACCAAGUACUGUGGCGGUUCAAAUUUGGUGCCUAAUGAUAGUGUGGGAGGCAAUGCUGGAACAUGCACAGGUUUAACUAGUGACCUAUAGCCAGAACACACUAUGCGUAUGCACCCAUCGCCUGGAUUCCAGGUUGUGCGCAAGUGUAUUUGGGGGGGGGGGGGGGGAAAGGUGCAUCAUAGUACUGCUGUGCGGGCUGUCAGCCUGCAGCUCUGGAGAAUGACACAUUUUUUCCACUAGUUGCCCUUUAAUCUAGUACCCACAUGCCAGGCUUAUUAGUGCAGUAGUCCUGUUCAGAGCAAAAUUCUUAGAACUUUCUGAACCUCUGGCCAGUAUUCCCAGGAUCUGUGCAUCCAAGAUCUCCGGCACCAGUUAUUGGAAGCUAACUUAUAACUUGUGUACAUUUUCGUUUUAUUACCAGAGUGUAGCCCAGGGAGGCCAUCUUUGUUUAAAGGGGAAGGAAAGGCUAAGUCACUUGGGGUUACCAAAAUGUUAGGCACCCCCAAGUGACUUAGAUCGCUUACCUUGUACCCUGGGCUGGUGCCCCUGUUAGGAGAAAAAAGCACCAGCCCAGGGUACCUGUAGGAAGCACUUCCUCCUUCCUUUCUGUUCUGCCGGCGAAAUCCAUCGGCCGGUGCAUGCGCAGUAGAGUGAAAAGCCGACUUUAAUGUUUAAGUUCCACUAUUUACUCUACUGCGCAUGCGCGCGCAAGCGAGAAGGAAGGAGGAUGCGAUCGCUGCUACCCCGGGCUGGUGCUGUUCUUUACUAACAGGGGCACCAGCCCGGGGUCACUUGGGGGUGCCUAAUAUUUUGGCAUCCCCAAGUGACUUAGCCUUUCCUUCUCCUGUAAUGGUGUUAAUAUGCCAUCAUUACAUCCUGCCCUCAAUCUACAUCAUUUUAGGCAAAGCUUUAGCCAUUCUGCUAGUAAAAUAUAAAAAAACAGUGGUAAGAAUACAUAGAAUAAAGUUUCCAUAAUAUUAAUAUAAAUGCUAUCAUUUGCAAAUAUAGUUAUGUAUAUGUUUUACGGAUUUGGUCAGAUUAUUAAAAGUUCUUCAGGAUGUCACAUGAAGUGGUAUGUGAGAUCUAAACUGCCAUCUUCCCUCUGUUGAUUAACCUUUAAAUAAAGUAAUAUUUUGAUUCUA